AUGAAGAGAACCGCUCCGGACUACAAAGUAAUCAAUAUUGAUGAGAUCUACUCCGAGCAGCAAGAUAGCCAAUCAGGAGCAAACAAGUGUAGCUUUGUCUGGACCACAUUGACAUCAAGAAGUGGAGCCAAAGUGGAGCUUUUCAGCCCCAGUGAUCUUCCCUCAAACCAACUAAAAUCAAAGGACUCUUGUGUCUCAAAGACUGGUUCAAGGCCUUUGAUGGGCCGUUUCAACGGUGGGCCAGCUACACUAACCGUAGCGGCGCCAGUGGGUGUUAGCUGUUAG